UAUAGCAAAAAAUAUAUAUUGUCAAAUCAAAUCAAAAAUUGCAGUCUGUUUCCAUUUACUUUUUUUUUGCUGUGUAACAAGUGGUGUUGGGUGUUUCUGCAUAACAAACAAACCAAAAAAACGAUCGAUCAACAAAUCAAACUUGAAAUGAAAUCAUGCCUCGAAUAAAACAAAGUCCGAAAAAAUCUGAAAAUAUUCAUUUCACUAUUAACGUUGAAAUAUCGCGAAAUAAAUCGAGAAAAAAUAAAAAGAAAAUUAAAUCGUCAAAUAAAACAUGUAAAAAAUAUGUAAAAGUGAAAAACCAAAAUGAUAAGCAAUCAAUUUCAUCAAAAGCAUCAUCAUCGAUACUAAAACAAAAACGUUAUCGACCAGGUACCGUUGCUCUACGUGAAAUACGUCAAUAUCAACAAUUUGGACAAUUAUUGAUACCGAAAAUGUCCUUUCAACGACUAGUACAUAAUAUAACAAAGAGAAUGUAUGCUAAUCAUAAUUAUCGUAUGCAAGAAUCAGCCAUUAUGGCAUUACAAGAAGCAUCAGAAAGUUAUCUAACAGGUUUAUUUGAAGAUACAAAUCUUUUGGCCCAUCAUGCUAAUCGUGUAACAAUAAUGACAAAAGAUAUGCGUCUUGCUCUUCGAAUCCGUGGAGAUCGAUUGAAAUAGAGAAUUUUUUUUUCGUAAAUUACGUGUUAUUACGCCCUUUCAUUGUUUUGAAAAUUAUUUUGAAAAUAAAGAAAAAAAAUUAUUUUUCCCA